AUGGGCUCUCUAGUUCCGGUCUCAAUUCAUGGUGGGUCGGCCGCGGUGGCCGAAAUCGACGGCAGCUCUCUUUUCUCUUCCGUUCCGAAGCAGAUCCACGAGAUUAAGGAUUUCCUUCUUACCGCAAGAAGGAAGGAUGCCCGUUCAGUGAAGAUCAAGAGGAGCAAAGACGUGGUCAAGUUCAAGGUUCGUUGCUCGAAGUACCUCUACACGCUUUGCGUGUUUGAUUCGGAGAAGGCCGACAAGUUGAAGCAAUCCCUCCCUCCAGGUUUGAGCGUGCAGGACCUGUGAAGAUUCUGAUAGUGUCAUGGCUUUUAGAAUUGCGAAUCCAUCUUAUUUUAUGACAUUUUCUGUUUUUUAUUGAAUUUUUGGGUAGUUUAUUGCUUAAUAUGAAAGAUUUUGAGUUUAUAUGUUAUGCGAAUUAUCGGGAUUGUGUUCAUGUCUAGACCCCCGGAAUGCUUUGCUGCUUUUAAUGUAUCAGUGCAGCUUUCGAAACUUGUAACUUGAUCGUGUUUUUUUCUCGUUUAA